AUGAAAAUUGGAGGGGUAAUCACACAUCAAUCGUUUGCUGAGAGUUACAACUGCACAAAUGGAAUCCAAUGGAUAGAACGCAUCUUCUCUGACUGUGUCGACACAGAGUUGAAACUGCUUGGUUUUAUAGUAGGGAUCAUAUCUCUUAUUUUAUGGCUUGUUCCGCUCUUACCGCAAUUAAUGCAGAAUUACAGAACAAAGAAAUGUGAUGGCCUUUCGCCAAUGUUCUUACUGUUUUGGCUUUCCGGUGAUACCUGUAAUAUGUUGGGAGCGAUUCUGACGAAUCAGACACCGAUCCAAAAAAUUAUUGGAGUGUAUUACAUUAUUCAAGAUCUUGUACUUUGGAUGCAGUAUGGUUAUUACACCAAGAUCUAUCCUAAACUUGGCAGCCAGCGUAUAAGUAAUACACAUUUACUUAUUCUUAGUCCCACCGAGUUUCUAUAUUUCGAUGUUUGUUUUCACAGGAAACGACUAUCUCUUGAAUCGGCUUUACAAAUGUGGCCCAUAUUCGAGAGUUAUACUGAUAUGGUAUCUUAUUUCUCAUUUCAUGGCGGAUAUAUCAUUGGAUCAGUGGCAGCGUUGUGUUACUUUGGAGGCCGAAUCCCACAGAUAAUCUUGAAUUACCGGCGAAAGAGUUGUGAUGGACUGUCACUGUUAAUGUUCUAUAUUAUUGUUGCUGCAAACUCUACAUAUGGGUUGUCUGUUCUGCUGGCGACAAUUGAUUGGUUAUUUUUUUUGAGACAUCUCCCGUGGUUAGCGGGAAGUCUGGGAUGUGUUUUGUUCGACGUCGUAGUUAUUUCUCAGUACUAUUAUUAUCGUAGCAGAAAGGAGGAAGGAUCUGAUGAUACUGAAAGCGAGAACCUUCUAAGAAAUGAAAAUUAUAGCGACGAAUAA